CAGGAAAGAAACACUCAAACUCAUCUGAACACACACCGAGAGCUUCAGAAGAACUGAAUCUACUAACAACAGAGAAGAUCAUUUAAUAAGAGAGAAGAAUGAAGAUCAUCUGGACUUUCACUCUGAUGAUGAUUCCUGGUGUCGUGAGCUCCAUCAGUGUAACAGGAUAUUCAGGAGGCGGAGUCAACAUCACAUGCAAAUAUGAUAAAGGAUAUACAAAGAAUAAAAAGUAUUUUUGUAAAGGAGAGUGGUCAGACUGCAAAGACCAAAUCAAGACUGAUAUUAAAGAUAAAUGGUUUAAUUCUGGAAGAUUCUCUCUGUAUGACAACACAAGAUCAGCAGUCUUCACUGUGACCAUCAGAGGACUGAGAGAAGAGGAUUCUGGGAAAUACCACUGUGCAACUGAUAUAUAUGCAAAAAAAGAUCCCCACACUGAAGUGAAUCUGAAGGUUUUAACAGUCUUGGAUGUUGCAGCAUUAGUGUCAUCAUCAUCAUCAUCAUCAUCAUCAUCAUCAUCAUCAUCAGCUUCUUCUUCCUCAUCAGUCAAAACUUCACCGUUCACAGGCGUUUCCAGACCUUCUACAUCACUGGCGUCUCUAAACACAUCAUCAGGCUCUUCUCUGAUCGUUCCUCUGGUUCUGGUUCUUCUGGUUCUGAUUGUCGCUGGACUCUUAUUACUGUUUCUCUGUAAGAAGCGUCACUCUCCAGGUGGUGAUUUGUCGUCUCAGACUGGACCAGGAAACCAUGAAGUUGUUUCUCACACUGGUUGUGAUUAUGAGGAGAUUAAAGACACUCACAAACAAUUACCCACAAAACCCUCUGAUUCUUUUAAUACUGUUUAUGCCACUGCCCAAUUACCCACAAACCCCUCUGAUUCUUUUAAUACUGUUUAUGCCACUGCCCAAUUACCCACAAGCCCCUCUGUUUCUUCUAACUGCGUUUACGCUACAGUUGAGAAAGCCACUGGUGACUCUCAGUGCUGCAUCACUUCUGUUGAGGAUCUGAAUUACACAGUGGUGAAUUUCCACAAGGAAUCUGACUGUCCUGACAGUGUUAGUAUCAGGAAUAAUCAGGAUUACAGUGAAUACGCUGCUGUCAAUCAUCUCACUGCUUGACAUGGCACAUCAGAGAAUAUACA